UACGUUAACAGCGGCUCGCACACUUUCAAUCCUCUUAUAAUCAAGGACGAAUUUCAAUACGGUUAGUGUCUUAGAGUCAGCCUUUGUGUUUCCAGUACUUUAGUCGAUAGGAAACGUUUGAUAAGAGUGCCCUUGACUUAUUUCGCCCGAACUCAGUUCUUCGUACACCGCCUCCCGAUUUACUACGUUCUGUUAAAGAAAGCGAGCUCAUUCAAUUUCAUAAGAUGGCUUCUAAUAAUUCUGGCGAAGGAGCAGAAACCGUUGAGAUCGCUGAGUUAAAUGCUAUCAAAAGCAUAACAAACGAUGAGAUAAUCGUUGAAAAGGGUAAGUUAUAUUGUUGAAGAGAUUUUUCAAGUUAUCCUGAACACGAGAGAUGUUGGAAAGUACACUAACACUGUUUAAGCCUCCACCUCCUCUAAUCAGUUAUGAAAUCCGAUACAGCAAAGCACUCGAAUUGUUCUCGUUUUGAGACCAGAGUGCCUGUAAAUGGGCGCACUGAAUAUCAAUGAAAAAUCCGAAUAUCAUGAGAAAUUUUACUUGACUUUGUAUAGUAGCGAAGAAAAUAUGGGGAACGACAGAGUGGGAUGCUACGGAGUCCUGUACGCUUUUAAUCUAAACACUUACGGGCAAUAAAAUAAGGAAGAUGGCGGAAUGAAUGUGAACCAACGGGCCAUAUUCCAUAGUCGAUGGGUGUCGUAUUAUAUUUAGCAAGACUCAAGAUCAGCCGGAAGAGUAACUUCAUCGAUACUCUGAUAUAAAACUUGGCACAGACACGAAGGCCUAAUUAGCAUUUUGACAGGGCUAAAUUGAGCAGAGGCCAUUCUGCAAUUAACAUAAAUGUCACGCAAAUGUUUCGAAUGAUAGCUUUGUUUCCAGUCAGUCCUAAAAGCUGCUUUCGGUAGGAGCCGUUCCUAUCCAUCAGUGAAUGAUAUAACUGCCAUAUUCUUUAUUAGAGGUCAUAUGUUUGCUCCUUCAGUGAUAGAGGUUUGUAAAUAGAUCAGUCACGUUCAUGCUCUAUUUUUGUGGGCUCCGAGUUUUCUGUUAAUAGAAUUCUGUACUUCCGGCCAGGCUUCGCUUUUAGCUGGUUUAUUAUCGGCGGAGAUGACCCUACUCUGAUUCAUAUUUUUUGCUCAUGAAGAGCAUAGCAGACGGGAAAGUGUAUCAUUGUUUCCCUUGUGUCAUGAGAAGUCUCUAAUUAAUAUGGUUUCUUCGUAAGCAGGAGCUGAUUCAAGUGACGAGAAGAGAGAGAAAGCAAGACAUCAUUUCUCUGAGCCGUGGGAAGACAGUGAUGUGAUUCUAGUUUUGGAGAAUGAAACGUUUCAUGUCCAUCGCCUGAUAAUGAGUAUGAACUCGCCAGUGUUUAAAGCCAUAUUCAAAUCUCAGUUUAAAGAGGCAACCGCUAACGAGAUUCCACUGCCUGAGAAAAACGCAAAGGGAGUCUUGGACUUUUUGAUGAAAAUUUAUGGACCCCAGUACACAAAAAAGGAAGUGAAAAUCACAAGUAAGAAUUAUUAGGAUAAUUAUUGUUUUUGUUUUGAGAAAAAUGACCCAUCUACGAGAGAACUUCGUAGACAGCUAUGAUUUAUUCAACAAGGGAAGAGUACAAUUCAACAAAUCCUGAAAGUCACACAUCUUUUCUCAUUUCCAUUUGCUCCUUGGAAUACCGUUAUCAAAAAUGACAUUCAAAUACAAGUACAAAAGUACAAAAGUUAAAAGUUAUGACAUAAAAUAAAAUCUUGUAUUUCCAUUUAGAGAAUUCUUCUUUAAAAGCUACUUUGUCGAUAUUUUUAAGAAUCCUUCUCUUCCAUAGCCUUAUCCCGUCAACCAAACACUGGGGUAGUGGGGUCAGGACGAGAGAAUUUUAAAUGUUUUGCAAACCUCUUGACUACGUCUGGGAUUUAGCGAAGCCCUUUGAGGGACUUUGAAUCCGUCCAGGAAGGUUUCGAGUGAUUAUACAGUCGUGGAAAAAAAAAUUUAAUGUCACCACUUGCAUAAUUUACACUUAGGUGUGCAUGUACCACAGUAUUAAUCGGUACUGAUUCUGCGGGGAAUCAGUCAAUUAACUUUCUCGAUAUUUACAAAACAUUAAAUCUUAGUGGAAAACGUGGAACAACUUAUGCAGUUAAGUGACGAGUAUCAAGUUACAGAACACAUUUUCAAACCUUGUGUGGAGUUCCUUGAAGACGAACCUAAAACUAAGGAAAAUGUCAUGAAGAUUCGAGCGCUUGCAGAGUUUUAUGACUUGGAGAAAGUGUGUCAGGAUUGCGACGAACUGCUCAGGGGUAUGACGCUGGGGACUCUUUCUGAAACCGUCCAGUUUGAAAAUGUUGAGAAGGAUAAACUGCAGCAUUUUCUGACGCAGAGGAUUAAAGUGCUGGAAGAUUAUCUGGAGAAAUUGUAUCCACAAUUCAUCGGCCUCCUGGAAUGUUGUUUGUGGUUGUGGCAUGAGAAUAAACGGUCCCUUGAAUGGUGUCCUACUCAUUUCAGCAGAGGAAAAGUAGAUUACAAUCUUGAUAAAUGUAUCAAGGUAUGUAAUGAUUGUAGAAAAAUGCUGGGUCGUUUGGCUUCAUCCACUUUCCCGAGAAUUAAAGGCUAUUAUACUGACAAUACACCAUACUAUAAUUUCCAAAACACCUAUGGCAAUGCUAUCUCCAAUCGUCAUAGUUUUGACAAGUGUUUGCCAGAUAUAAUUCAGAGAUACUCUCAGUUAAUGGCUUUAUAA